AGGAAGUCAAUGAGAGAAGUGAACUAUUAUUUAGUUUUAAAUGUUCUCUAAAUCUAAAGGCACAACUUAGAUUCGAGCCAAUGUUUUAAGUAAUCGAACAUGGUAUUACCCCAACCUUGUGAAAGUAACAAACUGACAUGUUUUCAUUUUCGUCAAAAACGGCUUGAUAUCGAAAGACUUCCGUUGAUUUGACGGCCUGCACAUGCGGAGUUUGGCGCUAGACGACCGUUAGUCCCGAUUACAAGUUUAUACGCAUGAGCCUUGCUAUACAACGUCGCCAUGACAUCGCCUACAAGUGUGAUCGGGGAAUUCUAUUGGAUAAGCAGUUUUAGCCUAUCUUCAUACUGUACAGUCUUUGAUCAAAUUAAUUGUCCGGCAAAAGCCUAACGUAGCUAGCUGCCUAGCUAAAUUGUAUCUCUCUAAAUUAUUACGUUGUUAAUUAUGUGAGUAAUCAAAUGUUUGCAAUUGGCUAUACUUUGCAAUAAAAUAACCAAUAGCUGAAUGACGUAGAUAACUGAUCUAUUUAGCUAGCUAGGCUAGCUUGGUAUUGGUAACAUUUGUCAUGUACAGCUAAUCAGGUUGUUGGAGAAAGAAAAUUAUAUCUAUCCAAUAGUAUAAUCUACGAUGACGAGAAGAUUGUAGUGUGGAAACCAUGAAAAGAUCUAGAAGUGUUGGUGCGUCUUCACCUUUGAAUGGGAUUGGAAAACAAGAUGGGGACCCCCGGAGGAAGAGGAAGUUGGCGGAGAUCUCUCAGGCCCUGAACGUGACGCCAGUUGAUGUGGCAGUGCUGAGGAGGAUGGCCAUCAGCGAGGGGGGGCUGCUCACUGAUGAGAUCCGCUGUAAAGUGUGGCCACGGCUGCUCAACGUGCCCACCGACAUCCUGCCUGAGAAAUCAGAGGAAGUAGAGCGGGAGAAUAAUAAGGACUAUAACCAGGUGCUGUUGGAUGUCCAGCGUUCCCUGCGAAGAUUCCCUCCUGGCAUGCCAGACGAGCAGCGUGAGGGCCUCCAGGAGGAGCUGAUUGACAUCAUCCUGCGGGUGCUCGGAAGGAACACUCAGCUGCACUACUACCAGGGCUACCAUGACAUCGUGGUCACCUUCCUGCUGGUGCUGGGCGAGCGGCUUGCUACCGCUCUGGUGGAGAAACUCUCCACGCACCACCUCAGGGACUUUAUGGAUCCCACCAUGGACAACACUAAACACAUCCUUAACUAUCUGAUGCCAAUCAUCGAGAGGGUCAAUCCAGAGGUGCAUGACUUCAUGCAGCAGGCGGAGGUGGGCACCAUCUUUGCCCUUAGCUGGCUCAUCACCUGGUUUGGCCAUGUCCUGUCAGAUUUCCGACACGUUGUGCGGUUGUAUGACUUCUUCCUGGCCUGCCAUCCCCUGAUGCCAAUCUACUUUGCUGCUGUGAUUGUGCAAUACCGGGAGGAUGAGGUGUUGGACUGUGAGUGUGACAUGGCGUCGGUACACCAUCUCCUGUCCCAGAUCCCCCAGGACCUGCCCUACGAAACGCUCAUCAGCCGCGCAGGAGACCUUUUUGUCCAGUUCCCCCCCUCCGAGCUGGCCAGGGAGGCUGCCCAGCAGUACAGUCAACAGAUGGCAGCCUCCACCUUUAAAGACUUUGAUCUGACCCCGGAGCAGCAGCGGCCGGACACGGUGCUGCGGAGGCGGCGGAGAGAGAGGCAGGCACUGAAGGGAGCUGCUGCAGGUGUUAUGGUGGCGACCGCCCAACCCAGCACGGCUCGGCGCUUCGUCCGACUGGCCGUCAUGGGGCUCACUGUGGCGCUGGGGGCAGCCGCCCUAACCCUGGUCAACACGGCCCUAGAGUGGGCGCCCAAACUGGACCUACACCUCUUCCCCUGAGAGAGAGUGAAGGGGACUUGUAGGCGAGUGAAGGGGACUUGUAGGCGAGUGAAGGGGACUUGUAGGCGAGUGAAGGGGACUUGUAGGCGAGUGAAGGGGCCUUGUAGGCGAGUGAAGGGGCCUUGUAGGCGAGUGAAGGGGCCUUGUAGGCGAGUGAAGGGGCCUUGUAGGCGAGUGAAGGGGCCUUGUAGGCAAGUGAAGGGGCCUUGUAGGCGAGUGAAGGGGCCUUGUAGGCGAGUGAAGGGGCCUUGUAGGCGAGUGAAGGGGCCUUGUAGGCGAGUGAAGGGGGCUGACGGCCAUUACAGCAGAAGACAUCCACGGGAAGGAGAGAGAAUAGAGAUCUUUGUAAAGAGAAUAUGAAGUUAUUUUCCACAUUUAAUAUGAAGGACGUGAAUGGAACAGAGACUUGACUGUCAACGUUGUAUUUAAUUUAUAUUUGUUAAUAAAACCAAAUGGUGAUAAAUGUUGUGCUGAGCGAUAUUAAACUAUUAGGGGUGAUGGCAAGUGACAACUUAUAGCAAAGACUUAGGUUUCCUAGGUUGAAGAGUUGUCACUGGGGUCGAAACUGUUGCCAAUGAAGAGCAUGUGUGAGAGUGUGGAUGUGUCUGAAAUGGCCCCCUAUCUAGUGCACUGCAUAGGGUUUCAUUUAGACGGUCUGUGCUGUCAGGUUCAGGGGUGAGUUAAAUGUCCCUCUGAACCUCACAUGGGCCAUAUUGGCACAAGGACAGAGAUCCCUCUAGCCCACCACUGGUAUGGUCCCCCCCCCCGCAGAUCAUCAAGUUGAAUCCUCUGCCUUCAGCACAUCAUGUCCCUCUUCCUUUCCUUUCAUUCUGUACCGAGACCAAAUACACACGUCUUAGUCCCAUCUUUGUAUGUUUAGCACUUAAUUUUCUAAAGCAUUAUUAUUUUUAAGUAAGUUAUAGGAAAUCUAAUUUUUGUACAAGCACACCCAUAUUUAACAUUUAUAUCAAAUUAAAUUAACAGAAUCCACUUGGGUCUUCUGACCUUAUGGAUGACAAUUUGCAAUAGCUCUUUUCCACAGCAUGCCUGAAUUAGGUUAGGUUUGGAAUAGGUUAGCUUUGUGAUCUGCGACAAAGCACCGAUAGCACUCCCAGACAAUCCCAUGAGCCUUGGCUUGAUCCCAUGCUUUUAUUGCACAAUAAUGAAGUCCUAUUACAUUGUUUGCACACCCUAUCCUCACAUUUCAACCAAACUCACCAAAUGGCCUGGUUGUAGAAAUGACAAGUUUUUUUGCACAUUUAAUUUUAAGAAAUGUCACUUGAGCUUAAAGACUACAGUUGACACAAUUUGAAUGUGUCGCAUUGGACCUACUGAAAUUGGUUCAACAGAGAUGCAUGAGUAGAAUCGACUCGAUUGUGACACGCAGAUACUCAGCGGUGCCUAUUGACUCCAUCAGUGUUAGCCAUGGAUGGUUUUCAUUGCACUGAAAUAGCCUCAUUCUGUAUCAUUGCAAUGGUUUUUAUCUGCCUUUUAUGUUGAAUUGUUAUAUUUGUCAUGAGAACAAUAAAGAAUAAAAAACAAGAUCAAUGCAAACUGCA